AUGUCGGUGCGCGGAGGCCAACUGCAGGUGCGGCCCGGGACCCACCUCUUCUGGCUGCUUUGCUGCAGCGCCCUGCUGACCCCGGCCGCGGGCUAUGUGAUCGUGAGCUCGGUGUCCUGGGCCGUCACCAACGAGGUGGAAGAGGAACUGGACAGCACCUCCACCGAGGAAGCGCUGCCAGCGAUGCUGGAGGACUCCGGUAGCAUCUGGCAGCAGAGCUUCCCGGCCUCGGCUCACAAGGAAGACUCGCACCUGCCGCCCCCCGCGGGUUCCGCCCGCGCCAGGCCGCCCCCUGCGCCUCCCGGGAUGUUCUCCUACCCGCGCGAGAGCGGCCCCAGGUUGCGCCCUGGCACCGCCCGCUUCCUGGCCCACGCCAGCGCCUGGGGCUGUCUGGCCACCGUGUCCACCCACGAGAAGAUCCCUGGACUGCCAUUUGGAAAUUGCCUGCCCAUCAGCGAUGGCCCCAUAAGCAACAGCACCGGGAUUCCUUUCUUCUAUGUGACACCCAAGGACCCUGUAGUCGCCGAUCUGAUGAAGAACCCCAUGGCCUCACUGCUGCUACCUGAAUCGGAAGGAGAAUUUUGCAGGAAAAAUAUCGUCGACCCAGAAGAUCCCCGAUGUGCCCGGCUAACCAUCACUGGCCAGAUGAUAGUGGUGUCCCCAGAGGAAAUAGAGUUUGCCAAACAAGCCAUAUUUUCAAGACACCCAGUUCUCAGAAAGUGGCCUCGGCAGUAUGAAUGGUUCUUUAUGAAGAUGAGGAUAGAACAUAUCUGGCUUCAGAAAUGGUAUGGUGGAGUGUCUGACAUUUCAAGAGAGGAAUAUUUCAAAGCAGUUCCAAGAAAGGCCUGAUGAAGUAAGAAGAGAACCCUCAGUGUUUGCAUAAAAUGAAAACCUUUGAAUGCUGCAGCAGACAGCCAUUGCCUGCUGUUCUUUAUUGAAGGGUUCAGAGCAGCCCUGUCAUUCUCACAGCAGAAGAGACAGGGCGGCCAGGGAGCCCUGUGCUAGGCCAGAGCUCAGAGUGGCCCUUUGCCACUCUCCCAUUCAUACAGGCACUUCACAUAGUGUGUUUAUGCUGUUUUCCAGACUGCAUUCACUUACUUGGGAAUCAUUUUGGUUGUCAAAAGGACACGUUCCAUUCUUCAAGACCAAAAAAAAAAAAAAAAAAA